AUGUUGUCUGUCUUCACAGCAGGCCUCAGCAUAAGAGAGCAGCGUUGGUGUGGGAUGAGUGCCAAAUUAGGCACCGUGUUGUCAGGGGCCUUUACCAUCGUUGCCACUAGCAUGUACCUCAUCUUUGAAGAAAAGCACUUACAGAGUGGCAAUUGCACUGAGAUCAAACUACAGGACCCGGGUAUAAACAUUAUAAGGCAACUCAUCAUAUGCUGGAGUUUUAAAAUUGUCGCCUUCGUUUCUUCCAUCACCUUUGUCAUCAGCUUCCUCCUUCUGUACUCAGUGUAUGCCCAGAUGCUCAGGGGAAUGGUGAUCUACAUCAUCUGGAUCAUCUUCUACGAAGCUGUAAACAUUAUAAUACAAGUCCUCACCAACACUUACUCGAGCAUUGAGAUGGUCAGAAUGAUGCGCUGGUUUGGCUUGGUGUCCCGUGUAGUCAUGCACUGUUACUGGAUGUUCUUUGUCAUCACCUAUACUUACAUGAUGUACAAAAGUAAAAGUCAGGGCAAUAUACUUACCUACAACAGACGUACCUCUGCAGGCAGUGGAAAGUUCCUGCGGCGAAAAUCAAAGAUAAUCAACUUUUCCCGCCACUAUAAUCAAUAA